AUGCAGUCUUGGUCAAACAGUGGCCAAAAUGGCGCCGAUGAGACCCAGCACCAAUGGCAUAACAGCUAUGCUUUUCCUGGACAGAAUGGUCAAUUUGACCCCCAUCAGGCUUGGUCGCAAUCUGUGAACGACCCAGCCGCUUACUCUCAGAUUAAUGCUCAAGAUCCCUCUCCAUCAAACUUCUUCGACUCUGACCAAGGCCACUCGUUCCUCUCCAGUACUCUACAUGGAUCUCAACAGGACCAAUCGGCCUAUCACCCAGGUCAUGAUUCGUUGUCAAUGAACCAGCAAUUUUCACAGCCGUCACAGGAUGUGAUGGACACAGAUUUUACUGGUAUUCAUCCUGACAUCUACGCUCAGCAUGGAAAGAUGAACAUAGAUGGCGCUAUUGCUGGCAUUGGACAGCUCUCAGGCCACCCACACUCUUCAAACUUCCCAUACUCUAUGGCACCACCUAGCGAGUCCUCUUUCGAGUCUCCAAUUCAGCAAUACUCUCAACCCCAUGUGAUACCCCAGCCAGCUCGGCAGCAGAGUCACACGCCGGUCCAGCAGUUUGAAGGAAUUCCUCAACAGUUCGCACCGGGUCACAAUUUUAGCCGUCCUCCUCAGCCAUCUCCUGUCCAGAACCAACAGCAAUACAACCAAGCGGCCUUUUCUCCUCCAGCCAAUGGCCAGACUCCUCAACCACGAUCAAAUGAUCAGCUGAACUUCCAACCGCCCCAUCAACAAGGGCGCCAACAACCUCCUCCGCAGCAACACCAGCAGCAACAUCCGCCUCAACAAUCACAACCUCCUCAGGCUCACGCCCAGGCCCAGUUCGUCCCAAAGCAGCCCGUUGCCUACCCUCAAACUUCGCAGCCUUUGUCUGCACAAAACUUUCAGCAGCCGAUACAUCAACAAUCCCACUUCGUUGGAAAUGCGUCGUCACCAUCUGCUGUUAACAAUCAAUAUCUUAUGUCGCAGCCGGCCACUGGUUUGGAUGCCGGGAUCUCUCAAUCUGUUAGCAAUGAGCCGCCCGCCAAGAAAAGAAAGCGAGCGAUUAAGAGUGCUCCUGAUACUCCCACUCCCGAGCCUGCGGCAAACUAUAUGGACUCGCCUGUUGGCUCUCCUGCCGUGAAGAAGGUCGAUGAAGUCGAUGGCCUACCAGCCCCGACCCCGUCGCCUGAAGAAGCCCAGUUGAUUAUCCAGUUUAACAAGCGACCUAAAGCUGUGCAAGCCAAGCAACCCGCGAUUAAGGGGCUCCCUCAUUUGAUCUACGAUGGAACAACCAUGCUCCCCGCACCCAAAAGCUAUGAUAAGCUUGCCCCUCUCGUUGCCCAGCCAGCCCGUAGCGGAAGACAGAUGGUGCCAGAGCUCGGCUACAGCCUUCCAUGUGAGGUCCAGGGCCGUUUCACAAGUCAGUAUCGUCCUUCCCCUGACAAAGGUGGACUAGACGAAAGACGUAUGGAGUCCGAGGCACUUCUGGAUGAGUUUGACCGUGCUAUGAAGGGACUGGGUAAACGGAGGCCGAAGUACACAGAAUACCCACAUGCCUUCAAGGAGCAACUCAAAUCUGAUGAAGCUUCGAAAAAUAAAGCCGAGAAGAAGGCAAAAAAAGAAUUAGAGGAGGAACGUGGCGGUAAGCCAAUUCGCGCUGCCACUCGCUCAACAGAUCCUGCUGAAGCGGCUGCCUGGGAUGCUAUUGGCAUGGUCCAUGUCGAACAGCCUGUUGCGCGGACUAAUGCCCUUAUCGCAAGUCGUGUUCAACAGGCUGGGGAAUAUUUGAUCAAACUACGUGGUGAGAUGAACCGUGCCAAACAGGAACUUGACCAAGCUGUGAAGGACAAGAAGCCUGAUGCCAAUGAACGACAAGAAUUUGAGCUAAAAAAGCAAAUACUCUAUCGAGCUUUGGAUGCUACCAUCGAGCAUGCUGAUGACGCGGUUCUGGAUAAUCUUGGAGGUCAUCAGAAGCUCGUCCUGAGCUUGGUAAAUGCAUUGAUUAUGUGUAUCAAAGCGAGUGACUUUUCGGGAAAGUUACCCAAGAUUGUCCUUGAAAUGUUUACCCACUUUCCAAUGACAAAGAGGAUUGCUGAGACAACAAACUUUGAGACAGUCAGGAAGAGGUUCGCCGACAAGGGAGACGCCGAAAUCAAAGGGCUUGUAUCAGAAAUUGCAGCGAAGGUCAGGAAGCUUAGAUCUAAUGACCCUGAAAAAAGUACUGGAUAUACCGGGACUUCUGCGUCAAGCAGAGCCAAAACCAAACCUGGGGUGGAGGUUUCUGCCAAACGUGGGCGAGACGAUGAGAUCGAUACUCGAACGGUGAAGAAGAUUGCGAUAGAAUCAAGCGGCAAUGCUCUUAGCAGGAAACUUGCACAGCCUAAGAUUCAACUCCAAUCAGCAUCCAAGACUAGCGCAGCAAAGGCAACAGCUGCUUCUAUUCUGCCUGGCAAACCCAGACCAGUCGUUAAAUCCGUACCCAAGCCCGAGGCUAAGGCGGAAGUCAAGGUUACCAGUGAUGAUAAGACAAAGGCGGAUUCAAAACCACCGCGGACAGAGGCGAAACCACCUGCACCUCGAAAUGGCACAAUCGUUACCACUACUCCUUCGGCUCCCAGCGCAGCCUCCAGUGCCUUAUCUGGCAUCGCCUCACUACUUGACUCUAUCAACGCCCCGAAACCUGAGUCUCCUGUUGCCCCGAAGGAAUCGAUCGGCCCCGAAACCUCAGAGUCGCCCGAAGAGAAGGCUAAGCGUCUUCGUAAGGAGGCUCGCCGUAAGCUUCGAGUUAGCUGGAAGCCUGAGAGCGAGCUUGUUCAGGUUAAGAUCUUCCAUAAAGAAGAUGCCGAGGACGAGGGCAGAGAGCAGAACAUGAUUCGAGACGCUGCUGAUGACCGAUCUGAAGGAAUGGUGCUGAAACAACGUGCGAACAAGGAGGAGGAAGAGGACGACGACGACGUUCCCUACCAGCCUUGGAUGGGACCAGUUGAAAUCGACCUUUCCAGACUUCCAACAGACGUCCGAAAUAAGAACUUUGUCACGCGAGGCGGCAAUGUCACCUUUACGACAGACGAGCAGCAGCGUAUCGCUGAUAGGGAACAACGAGAGCUCAUGGCUAUCUACGCCGACCCAGACGACAUUCCUCCGUCACCUAAAUCACCUCCGCCUGAGACAGUUGAAGACGGCCAAGAAAAGACCCAAUACCUACCAGACGAUGCCAAGUUCCAAGAAAUCAAGCUUCGAUGGCAGGACGAAAAGCAAAUGGGUACUGAUCAAGCACUCUACGCAGCCCUGCAACGUAUCGAAGGGAAAAACCAUCCAGGCAACCGCCUGGAUUCGAUUCUUGGCAGUCUACGAGGCGCCCCUUCUGUGUCACGCUCUUCUCAUCAACACGCCUCUGGCUCACAUCAUAACAUGAGUCUUGCAAAUGAUACUCUACCUAUCGUCGCUGGGCGUCCAAUUUUGGAACAGGCUAUCGCAUUACUCCAGUCUGAAAAGGCGAAGAACUGGCAAGAUCCCAAUCCAGUGAAGAGCGACGUUUGGCGCACUUUCCAUUACACUGAUGUACCUACACGUCUUUGUGGGGGUGCCAUUGAAGUAGUGGCCAAAUCUCUAGCAGGUCUGCCGUUUCCCGCCAACUCGCCUCCAGAAUGGAUUCUGCAUGACCACGAGAAAGUCCGCGAGUGGCAAAUGGGUUAUAACAAAGAACUGACUGCUCGACAAAAGAAGCAAGAUGAAGAACGUGCGCGAGCAGAAGUAGAGGCCAACGCCCUGCAGGCCGCGGCGCUGGGUGCUUCGUCUGGCCAAGCUCCCGCCAAUCCCCAGGACUGGGCAGCUUACUACGCUCAACAACAGGCAUAUGCCCCUUACAUGGCUCUGCUACAGCAGAUGACAGGUGGACAGCAACCAGCCCAGCCUGCGGCGAGCGUUGCGCCUACAUCUACGCCUACUCAGCAGCCGCACAUUGCUGAUAACCAACUGCAGUCUAUCUUGGCUGCCAUUAACCAACCUUCGCCGGCUCCAGCACCAGCACCAGGUGCAGCCUCGAAUGCAGCCCCUUAUCUUAACCCCAAUGACCCGUCAUACCAACAGUACAUGCUGCUCAGCCAAAUGACUCAGGGUCAGCAAGCUCCUCCACCACCCCCACCCCCACCAGCAGGAGAGCGAGAAUGGGACCGAGAGAGUCAGUUCGGACGAGAAAGGGACUGGGACCGAAAUGACCGUGACCGCGAGGAUCAUCAUCACGGAGGAAGAGGAGACCGUGAUAAUAAAGACGCGCGGAAAAAGAGAGGCACUCUCCCACCUCACAAGCCUGCGAACAAGGCACUUAUUGGUACCAAGCCCUGUACCUUCUGGCAGCAAGGCAAGUGUGCCAGAGGAGAUAAGUGUACAUUUAGACAUGACUAA